AUGGAUGCUUCAAGGAAGAAGAAUAAGAACUCACUGGAGUCCUUGUCCAAAGAGGACAUCGAAACACUCAUCAGGAAAUGCUACCGGGAUAAGUUGGUAUACGGAUUUGUCAAAUGGAAGGAAUUUGACAGAAAGGACUUCAAGCAACGGCACUCUGUAAACACGUUUAAGAAUAUCUGGAGAAUGAUAAAAAGGAGAUUUGAGUGCUAUAAAAAGGAGUACCAUGUGGUGAUGCAAGACGCGGCGAGAGAAGCGAAAGACAUCAUCGCGGAGAACAAGGAGAGGAAGAAAAACGCACACAUAAAUUCAUUAGGCCCUCUGAGCUCCAAGGUAUCCCUCUCAAACAUAUCCCUAUUGAGGAAUUUCACGCGCGUGAAUAGCCUCAUGUUCAAAGCCUGUAGCAACUAUUACAGCCCGUUGAAUAGCUCGAAGCAGGGGAGUCCACAAAAUUUCAUUUUUCCAACUAAAAAAAAAACAUCAAAAGAUAACGAAAAAGAACCCUCCAAAGGGGUAAUAGACUAUAUAAAAAGAAACAUUAAAGAUAUCCAAAGACGAAGUGAAUUUCUGGAUCUCUAUUUUCUAGUCAUUUCAUUAAUCCAUCAAAAUAAAAAAUAUGCCUUGCUAAAAAAAAUGGAUGAGUUGUAUUAUCAAAAUAGGGUAAUCAAAUGCUGCAAUAAUUCAAACCAAACACAUAAUAAUAAAAUCCUAAUUUUUGUAAAACGCAUUUUAGAAAUCAGUCUAGAAUCUUCUAGUAGCUUAAAAAGCAUGUGCACAAAAAGUCUGGAGAAAAAAUUCGGCAGCAGUAAAUAUAUCGAUAGCAAAAAUUGCAUCACCGUCGAAAUUGAUGAGGUGACCUACCCAUUCAGUAAGAAUUUUAUCAACUACAAAACAUUCUACAAUUUGUGUAAAAGGAAUUUGCACCUCAGUUGCAAUAAAAUUAUUUGCUUCUUUAUUCCCCUGCCGAAGAAACCAAACCACUUAGUACUUAAAAAUGGACUUUUCCACUAUUUUGAUACCCCUAUAUCAACCCACAACAAAUUAGAUGAAGAUGUAUACAACUACGUCUACAUCAUGCAAAAAUAUUUUCUCUCCUUUAAGUUCUGGCAAUUUUACCUAACCUAUCAAGGCAUAGACAAAAUGAAAAAACUUUUUAAUAGAGAAGUGGACGAAUUGAAUUCCUUUUUCGAUCUGAAUUAUACGAAGAAGGACACAUUAAUGUGGCGAAAAAAGCAAUUUACAAAAUUUACAAAAAAUGUCCACACCAUUUUGCUCCUUUUCGAUCACAACAUUCAACAUUUAAUUUCCUUAUCUCUCUACGUCAUAAAACUGUAUUUGAAAAUGCGAAAAAAAAGAAACCUCACCUAUAUCAGGAUUGUCAAAAUGUUGAAUUUGUGCCUCCACCCGGUUGGGAAAAAGAGAAUCAUGCACACUUAUUGUUCUCACCUUCGAUUCAUUCACAGCGUUCUUCUCAAACUGGGCUCCCGCUUAUCGCGGCGGCCUUCUCGGUGA